AUGACCACCAACACUACCAGCAACCCCGCAGCAACCUCAUCAACAGACGCCAGCAAGCGGAGAGAUUCGAAAGCUUCCUCCUCAAGCGAGCGACGAACCAGCGAAACAUGGGAUGCAUCAAAAGUACCCCCAAGUCAAUUCCAGCUCAAACCUGGUAGCAUCUAUUCAACGCCGAACUCGAAAGAUGGAAAUGUAGAAAGAGGCGAUCGUGACAAGGCUUACUUUGAAAAGCUGAAGGAAAAGGGUUGGACAGGGAAGUGAUUGUGCGGUGGGAACUGGGGGUUUCUGUCUUCUCAAUGAUAGCUAGGUUGUCGAUCAAGUAAAGGUGUAUUUGAAAGAGACCGAAGCAAUUUUU